UUAACGCCCUUUGGAUUUCUGUUUUCUUCAGGUGCAUUUUGAACAGUGUCUGUGACCAAUUUAACCCAGAAAAAAGCAAAAUGGCCCUUAACUCUUCUACUGAAGAUGGCAUCAAACGAAUCCAAGAUGACUGCCCCAAGGCUGGCAGGCACAGUUACAUUUUUGUCAUGAUCCCCACACUCUAUAGCAUCAUCUUUGUGGUGGGGAUCUUUGGAAACAGCUUGGUGGUGAUUGUCAUUUACUUUUACAUGAAGCUCAAGACUGUAGCCAGUGUCUUUCUUCUGAACCUCGCCCUGGCUGACUUAUGCUUUCUGCUGACUUUGCCGCUGUGGGCUGUCUAUACCGCUAUGGAAUACCGUUGGCCUUUCGGCAACCACUUAUGUAAGAUUGCUUCGGCCAGCGUCAGUUUCAACCUCUAUGCAAGUGUGUUCCUGCUCACCUGUCUCAGCAUCGACCGCUACCUAGCCAUUGUCCACCCGAUGAAGUCCCGCCUUCGUCGCACGAUGCUGGUGGCCAAAGUCACCUGCAUCAUCAUCUGGCUGCUGGCCGGCUUGGCCAGCUUGCCAACCGUCAUCCACCGAAAUGUGUACUUCAUCGAGAACACCAACAUCACGGUUUGCGCCUUUCACUACGAAUCUCAGAAUUCAACCCUCCCCGUAGGGCUGGGCCUGACCAAGAAUAUCCUGGGCUUCAUGCUCCCGUUUCUCAUCAUCCUCACCAGCUACACUCUGAUCUGGAAAGCCCUAAAGAAGGCUUAUGAAAUUCAGAAGAACAAGCCAAGAAACGACGACAUCUUCAGGAUCAUUAUGGCGAUUGUGCUCUUCUUUUUCUUUUCCUGGGUUCCCCACCAAAUCUUCACGUUUCUGGAUGUGCUCAUUCAGCUGGGCGUCAUCCGCGACUGCAAAGUCGCUGACAUCGUGGACACUGCCAUGCCCAUCACCAUCUGCAUAGCUUACUUUAACAAUUGCCUGAACCCUCUGUUUUAUGGCUUUCUGGGGAAAAAAUUUAAGAAAUAUUUCCUCCAGCUUCUGAAAUAUAUUCCUCCAAAGGCAAAGACCCACUCCAGCCUGUCUACAAAAAUGAGCACGCUUUCCUACCGCCCUUCGGAUAAUAUGAGCUCAUCGGCCAAAAAGCCUGCGUCUUGUUUUGAGGUAGAGUGACAGGUUCAAAGCCUCCUGGCAAAGUAAUGCCCUGACAGAAGCCAGGGCAGCAUCUGACGAAAUGGCUUGCUACCAAAGGAACAUUCACCCUGGCCUCAGGAUCUAAGCAGAAAAUGCAUUCAACAGACUGUACGUGUUGUCUAAAGCUCUGAAAGAAAGCUUUGACAAACCACCGAGCAAAGCCGCUCAUUCCUACAUCUUGCAUGAAUACAUGAUGGUGGCCCAAAGAGUCAGAAGCUGGACGGAUUUGUGGAAAACAAUUUGCUGGCAGAACUGCCAUCUCACUAGUCUCCUUUUGCUAUGUUCCUUUUGAAUUCCACAUGAAGGUACGUAGAACGUAUUAAAUAUUUAGACAAGCGACAAGAGAUGAGAGGUCAAGAUUAUUUGUUCUGCUCACUUCCUAGAGGGCAAGGAACAUUUUUUUUUUUUUUUUUUUGGUCCCUUCAGUCAUUAGCAAUGGCGACCCACUUGUAUCUGUUACUACACAUAUUGUGCAAAGAUUUGCUAAGCUGUAGUCACCAAGUUUCAGGACCCCUUUGUAAAAUUAAGCCAGUGUCUUAGAAACGUGUACUGUCCCUAAACAAUGCCAGCUAGUGGUGUAUUUAUGUAGCAGUGUUACCAAAGUCAUACAUCAAAGUCACACUGCUUGUAAUAACUGUGACUUCCUAAGUACAGCAGCUUUAUUUCAAAUCUGAAAAGUGUAUACAGUUGGUGGUGAAUAGACUAUGUAUCAUACAAUCUGCCUUGCUCUCUAAAAAAGUAUAUAUUCUCACAUGUAUGUACAUCUAUAAUCUCUAAACCGUUAUUUGAUGAAAAUCUGGCAAUGUAUGCUACCUUGAAAUAAAGUAAUUUUAUUGUAAUG